AGCAUAAAAUGCAUGACAAUAAUGGGCCCUGAACGGAAUGCAAAUUAAUAUGCCUACAAAUGCCGGCGAUAAAAUGUAUGCAAACGCAGUUCACCUAAAUGUCUUAUCAGCAAAAGUACAAAACGCCGCCUCCAAGUCGGCAAUUUUUGAAGGUCUAGGUAAGAGGAGCUGUCGGUAUAUAUACUUGUCCGCUCCGCGAAAACUCCAGCAGUCAGCGAAUAUUGCAAAAUGGCAAAGUUUCAGCAAGUAUUCAAAUUGUCUUUGAUUCUACUUCUUGUUGUUUGCUUGGCGCAAGCACAACCCAUCGGCGAAGAGGCGGAUUCGAUUGACCUGUCGGAUAUGGGCGACGCUGUAUUUGGCACUCCGGAUACUGAAACUACUGGGCCCUUAGUGGAAGCCCUAGACGAGCAGUCCGAGCAGAAUCCUGAGGAGCUGGGCACGUAUCUCGAGGGCGACAUUCUCAUUCCAUUAGACAAUCUGGACUCGGACACUGAAGGCACACGCAAUGGCCUUCUGGCGCUGAGCACACACUGGCCGGGUGGCAUAGUUCCCUAUGAAAUAAAGGGUCAAUUCGCGCCGCAGGAACUGGAAAACAUUCAGCACGCAUUCAAGGAGUAUCACAACAAGACCUGCGUCCGUUUCAAGCCACGUACCAGUGAAAAGGAUUACAUUUCGAUAGUCAAUGGCAAGACUGGAUGCUGGAGCAGCAUUGGACGUCUUGGGGGUCGCCAAGAGGUUAACCUGCAAUCACCCAAUUGCCUACGCACCUAUGGUACUCCCAUACAUGAACUUAUGCAUGCCCUGGGCUUCCUCCAUGAACAGAAUCGGCAUGAACGAGAUGCCUAUGUGAAGGUGCUGAGCGAGAACAUCAAGCCCUCGAUGAUGGCCAACUUUGACAAGGGCAGCUCCCGGCAGCAUUCCGGUUUUGGUGUCGACUACGAUUAUGCCAGUGUGAUGCACUAUUCUCCCACCAGCUUCACCAGGAACGGCCAGCCAACAUUGAAAGCUUUGCGCAGCAGCAACGAAUCUCGCCAGAUGGGACAACGUCGUGGCUUCUCGUCGGGCGAUGUGCGAAAGAUCAAUGCCAUGUACAAAUGCAAACUCUGAAUCGCUUUCUGUUUUUUUUUUUUAUAUUUACUGAAAAAUUACAAUUCUACAAACAAUUA